GUAGGAUCUUCGUCCGCGUUUCUUUUGUUGGCUGCGGAGCGAGGGAUACGUGGUAGACUCGGGAGUUGGACCUGGCUUGGAGGGGAGCCUUACAGUUGUGUUAAGAACUCCCAAUAUUCCGGCCAGGGUUUCUGCCUGAACUGAAAUUGUGACCACAAAACAUCUGGAGGUUAUAAGGUUCAGGUUAACCGUGUUUGAGAAAAUGGGCUACGACAUGGAGCGCUUUGUUGGUUAUGUCAAUGAAGGGCUGAUCUGUUGCAUUUGCCGAGAUGUGCUCCAAGAUCCUGUGCAAGCUCCUUGCGAACAUGCCUUCUGCACUUCCUGCAUCCAUGGAUGGCUCAUUCAACACAACAGUUGCCCAGAGGACCGCCAGUUCCUUGAUCUGUCUAUCCUUCGACCACUUUACAGGUACAUGAGGAAUGAUCUUAAUCGGCUUCAGCUUCACUGCACAAACAGAGACCGUGGCUGUGAAAUUGUGUGCUCACUAGAAUCCAUUGACAGUCAUGAAUACGAGUGUGAAUACACACAUGUACCCUGUCCAAAUAAUGGUUGUCCAGUCCAAGUUGAACGACGUAACUUAUAUAGUCAUGUGUUAGUGUGUGAAUUUCGAACUCGUGAAUGCCCCAAUGGCUGCGGAUAUGUCAUUCUUGGUCCUGAAGAUGCCCAGCACAACUGUGUGGCAGAAAUGAGAACUGAACUAGAGUUACUCAGGUCUGACAUGAUCUGCCAAAUGGAAGAUACAAAACAGGAGAUGCAGUCUCGUUUAGAUUCUCAAAGGAGACACAUGGUGAAAAGAGAGAGUCUUUUGCAAAAAGACAUUGAAGAACUUAAGAGUCAAAUGUCCAAGAUGAUGUCUAACAUGCAGGCUCUGAUGGCAACAGAAAGACAGCACCGCCAAGAGUUGGAACAGGCAGAACUUGAAAAACGUGAAUUGCUGGAAUUAAUGAAGAACUUCCAAAAAGACAGCUUCUUUCCAAGAAAUAGGAGCAAGAAAGCAAUACAUUCCCCGCCUCUAUUUCGACUAGAUAGUAUGAAACUAAAGACAUGGGAGGCCACAGCAAUAUAAAACUAAAAGUUAAAAACAGGUUUGCCGAAGUUUCAACUAACUUCAGAGGGCAAAAUUAUUGUUACCUUAGUCUAAAAAAAAUAUCAGUUCUAUUCAUUUAUAGACCUUAUUUCCCUCGAGAUCCUUUCAAACCUCAUUGAGUUUGGGAAGAAUCGUGUUUAAAAGGGAGCAUCUUCAAGUGUUAACCAUUUCAGAAGUCAAUCUUAGAAUUUUAAAAACCUGGGAAAUGAUUUAAAAACCUUGUUUCCUGUAAUCCAUUUUUUUCCCCUCAAAUGAGUAACAAAACAUCUUUCUGCUAUUCAGAACAGGGUAUUUUUUAAAAACUUAGCUUGAAGAUUAAGGGACACAGGAUCUUAGUUUUAAUAUAAAAAUUAUAGGAAUAAAGAUUUCAGCAAAAAAAUCACGACCUUUCUUCAGUAGUUGAUAUUCUAAACUACGCAAGAUAAAUGGAUUAUGAUCCUGAUUUUUUACUUUAUUUCAGAAUUUUUCUUUUUCAGGUAGUUUGUAAAUCUGCAAAGUAGUCUACUUACCAUCCUAUAGAUGGAAAACAAAGCAAUAAUAAAUUUAAUCUUUUGUUUUGGUCUUUAAAAAAAUUAUAGUUGAUAUGUAAAGAGGGGAUUUUACAGUGCCUUUACAACCCUGGCCCUUAUGUUAGAUAUGGGAUGCUACUAUAGAACUGCAAUAUAGUUAAUGUGAUUUGUAAGUUGAUUUUACAGUCCAGCCUACCUCAUGAUGGCUUCAAGAACAAACCUGAAAGUGGAAAUGCUAGUACAUAUUUCACUGGAGAUCCCACAAUAAAAGUAAGAUAUCACACUAAUCAAAAAAUAAGUUGACAUCAAAGCAGUUCUCCCAUAACUACAUUUGGAUCAAACCUAUUUAUGUUAAUGAGCAUUUCAAAUUUCCAUUACCAGAAAAGCAUAAAUCUCAUUUCUACCAUUAGAUUAUCAUCUUUUUCAGUAUUAAAAUAGUAAAUGUGUAAACAAUAUUUCUAAUAUUACAAAUACUCAGCAACUAGAAAAUCAAUAUUACAAAUACUCAG